AUGCCGCACAAGAGGAGCAGAACGGGCUGUCUCACCUGCCGUGACGAAGGCUAUAAGUGCGAUGAGGCGAAGCCCCACUGUGGCCGCUGCGUCCGGCUGGGCAAGACGUGCCAGGGGUACGGGCUGCGAGUGAGAUGGAAGACGGCCGACUCCUCGACGGACGCAGGGCGGAUCAUGAAGAAGAGGAGCCCGAGAUCCAAAGUCGGUGCGAAGCCUCUGGCGACAGGCUCGUCGUCGUGGUCUUCGUCUUCUCCCGAAGGCGCACCUACGACGCCGAGUUCGGCCUCCGGCUCUUCCGGCACCGGCACCGACCCCAGCCGGAGCAGCAGUCUCAUGCGGAACCCGUCCUACGUAUCGCCCGACAUCUCCCCGAUGAACCGCUACCUCCUCCACCACUGGACCGGCUCGCUAGCGGGCGUGAUCUCGAUGGCGUCGGGCGCGCGGAACCCCUUCCUCGUCCACCUCACGCCCAUGAUGCACCGCUCUCCCGCCCUCCGCUUCUCCAUCUCGUCGAUGGCGGCCGGCCACCUCGCGGUCCUCCGCGGGCCCGGCGACGGCGACGAGGUCUUGCGAACGCUCUCCUCGCGCCACAUGCUCGCGGCCGUGUCCUCGCUACGCGCGUCCAUCGAGACCGAGGACCCGGCGCUCUCGCUCGCGACAAUCCUGAUGCUCCAGAUCUCGGACCGGCUCUUCAACACGGACAGCCGGAUCGACCACCUCGCCGGCGCCCGGGCCGUCAUCUUACGUUCGGGCGGACCCCGGACCUGGACCGGCGACGGCGCGCAGUUCCUCCUGAGCCUGUGCUUCUACCACGACGUCAUGUCGUCCAUCUCGCGCACGUCGAGGCCGCUGCUGAGCAUGACCAACGUCGCGCCCCUCGAGGGCCUGCCGAGCCUCGCCAAGCUCACGGCCCUGGUCUCGGUCGUCAGCGCCAUCAGCAAGAUGCAGGGCCAGAGCGGCGAGGCGCACCAGCGGCGGGGGGCCGCGAUCCGGCGCGACCUGGACUCCGGGUUCGGCAUCGCGGCCGACGGCGACCCGGCCAUCGAGCACACGAUCCAGGCCUACAGGCACGCGGCCGUCAUCUACCUCUACCGGGUGUGGAGUGACGACGGCACGACGCCGCCGCCGAAGCCGUUCCACGCCGAGAGGUGCAUCCACCACCUCCUGCAGGUCCCCGUCGCCUCGUCCUUCGUCUCGGCGCACGCGUGGCCGCUGUGGACGGCCGGGUGCGAGUCCAUCGACCCCUACCUGAGGCAGCUGGUGCUCGAGAGGCUCAAGGCGAUGUACCGGAACCGUCACCUGCCAUCGCUCGGGCGCGUACAGCGGGACAUGGAAGAGGUCUGGGUGGCCAAGGACACGCAGAGGCUGCAGUUCGGGACGGAGAACGUGGACUGUUGCAAAGUGAUCCUGAAUAACCGCCAUAGAGAGGCGGACUUGGUCUAA